GCCGAGACGAAAACAAAAUUUUCCAAAAAUUCUCGAAUUUCGUCCUGGAAAUCCUUUUUAAAAAUUUGUGAAAGUGUCCGUAGGGAGUAGCGAAAUGGUCGAGGAAACGGUGCCCGUCGCCAAAACAAAGCAGACGAAGAUGAUGGCCCGCCCGAAACCGGUGUACAUGUGGACUGUGGCCGAUACGCUCAAGUGGCUCCGGAGGCACUGCAGUGACCGGUGUGCCCAGUAUCAGGAGCUGUUCCAACGGAACGAAAUCACAGGUCGCGCGCUGCUCCGGAUCACCGAUGACUCACUACACCGGAUGGGCAUUCUGGACGAGAAGGACCGGGACGACAUACUGCGUGAGAUCAUCAAGCAGCGACUGAAGACGGAUAUCAUGGAAAUCCGUGAUAUGGAGCUGAUGAACAACGUGUACCAAAAUUGUAUUUAAGGAUGGCUCGAAUGCAACGGCUGGCAGAUCAUUGUCAUGAUCUUGAGUUCGAUUCGUAUACCUUGCAUUGCAGCUGAAGGAAGGAUGGAUUACGUGUCACGUCCUGCGACUGCCACUCGUGCUACUUACCAUCUCCAUCUCCCAUUUGCAGAAUCACACGAAGAAGGACACGUUUGCAAAAGUAUAAGGUAGUAGAAUACGGUCAAAUUGACCUCAUUAUAACCAGGAACGAAUGAUAGCUACUAAUGCCACUUAUUUAUACUUACACGCUCCAUUUAGACACCGGAAUGAGUCUGUUGAUCAGCUUUUCUCGCACCACGUGACGUAUAUUUUGCCUACGCUACGCUAUGCUAUCGGGAUUGAACACGUUGUAAAUCCAAUCGAAACGUAAUUCUGCCGACGAAAGCAACUUGUGCUCGUGCAGGAGAAACUCGUAUGGAUCUGGCGGGCGUCGUAGAUUGUUUAUUCGAUGGUGUACCGCUUAGGCCACGUUUGGCUACGGGGCUCCUAUACUCAACCUUGUUUUCUUCGGUAGAGGAUCUGUUGGCACAAGUG